AUGUCCAUGGGCCGGGGGUCGCAUCAGCCUCCGCCAACAAAAACUGUUGUUGUGUUCAGGAACGGAGAUGCUUUUUAUCCCGGCCGAAGGUUUGUCAUCAAUCAACGACAAUUAUCGACUUUUGACAGCUUUCUGAACACUGUCACUCGAGGCAUCACGGCGCCCUUUGGGGCAGUGCGAAACAUUUACACUCCUAAUGAGGGUCACAGGAUUGUGGAUCUGGAGCAGCUGGUGCACGGAGAGAGAUAUGUGGCAGCUGGAGCGGAGAGACUGAAAAAACUGGACUAUCAUCAGAUAACAACACAGAAACCUCAAAAGAAGAAGAGUGAACCGAUCCGACCUGUAGUUCACAGCAGAAUAAUUGUCCCGGCUCGUUGGAAGAGAAUCAGUAAUGAGUCGUGCACCAUCAAUGUUUUUACCAAUGGAGAUAUCUUGGUUCCUCCAGCACGGAUCCUGAUUCCAAAGCAUACACUCACUAGCUGGGAAAAUAUACUGGCCAUGGUGACAGAGAAAGUUCACCUUCGCACUGGAGCUGUGCACAGAUUGUGUAUGCUGAAUGGGAGAACAUUACAUGGAGCAUAUGAGCUUGUGAACAACCAGUAUUAUGUUGCUGUAGGAGCCGAGAGGUUCCGGUCUUUGCCAUAUUAUCAGCUGGUUUCAAGCAAAGGAGUAAUCUACAACCUGACCGAUGUGAUCAACAAUGGCAUUCUUCCAGACAUAAAAAAAGACAAACAUGAUAGAAGAUUGCUCGCAAAACCAGGAGUGGACAACAAUGACUCAGUUUUUUAUGCCAGAACGGACCAAGCCAAACAGCCGAGGCAGGGCUCUAAAAUCCCAGAUCUUUUCACUACAAUGGAAAAAAGUGUCUUCAAAGCCACCAAAAAAAGGAAGGAGACACUAGCAGCAUCUGAGGUCCUGGAAGAGGAAAGUAUGAAUGUGGAUCUUCCCAUAGAACAGAUGGAAUUCAAAGAAGUUGAGGAGGAGCAAAAUCACAACAGAAACCCCCAACCAGAGAGUUUUUGUGAUAGCCCUGCCAAAGACUUCACAAAUCAUCCAAAUGCAACUGUUACACCAAGAUCAUCCCCUUCCAAAAAUAUCUCACAACAUACCUCAAGUAUGGAGGAGCCAGAAGGAGACCCCCAACUCAACAACCAUGGAGAUGGUGGGGACAAGUCAUUAGCUAAACCAGAGGCUAAGGAGCAAUGCUUAGAAGAUAUAUUUGAAUCUGUGCCAGAAAAAGUGGACAUCAUUUCAAAGAUUCUGGAAUCCAACAAUGGUUCUACUGAACUCUUGAUUGAAGGAGACCUGGUGUUUCCCAAAACCAGAAAUGCUCUUUUCUGCUUCAGCAACAACUGUUUCUGGAAUAAAAAUGUGAACAACAUAGUGGAGGUCCCUUACAUAGUGAGCGGUGAAUUCUCCUUUUAUGAUAGGUCUGUUAUUCAGAAUGCCAUGGUGACCUUUCACACCAAAACCUGCAUCCGCUUUGUGCCCAGAUCAUCUCAGACCGACUACCUCAGUAUUGAGAACAAAGAUGGGUGCUAUUCUUCUCUUGGUAGAAUUGGUGGCAAACAGGUCGUCUCCCUCAACAGGUAUGGCUGUGUGUAUCAUGGCAUAGUUCAGCAUAAACUCAACCAUGCCCUUGGCUUCUACCACGAGCAAACCAGAAGCGACCGUGAUCAGUAUGUCAAGAGUAACUGGGAGUACAUCUCUCCUGAUAUGGCCUACAACUACCAAAAACAGAACACCAACAAUCAAAACACUCCAUACGACUACGGCUCUGUCAUGCACUAUGGAAGAACAGCCUUCUCAACUCAGUCUGGCAAGGAAACCAUCACUCCCAUUCCUGAUGCAACGGUGGAAAUUGGACAGAGGCAGGAAUUGUCUAAUGUUGACAUCCUGAGGAUCAACAAGAUUUAUGGAUGCUGA